ACUUCCUCACCCUGCAUCAGUUGAGUUUACCCGCGGCUCCUUGUCAGCUGGCCGUGCGUAAUUCCCCCCUAGAAUCGAGUUGCGCCUUUUUUUUUCUCGCCCUACCAGGAUUUUGCGCGCAGGGUGUUGCACACAGUACCACCAGGAACGACUGGCAACAUCUCCGACCAGCACUACUUUUGUUUUUAUCAAAUGGGGGGAGCAGACUGCACCAGUGAGAGCCAAACGCCGACAGCACUUUGAACAGGCAAGCCUGCAGGAGCCGUCAUGUACUAGUGACAGACCGCAGUUGUAGAGUAACAAGAAACAGCAGACUCUUACAAACAUGAGCGGCGGAGAAAUCAUCUUCCAAGGCUGGCUGAGAAAGUCACCACCGGAGAAAAAACUGCGAAGAUAUGCAUGGAAGAAACGGUGGUUCAUACUUCGCAGCGGCCGCAUGAGUGGUGACCCCGAUGUUCUUGAGUACUACAAGAACGACCACUCCAAGAAACCCAUCCGGGUCAUUGACCUGCACUGCUGUGAGCAGGUGGAUGCUGGCCUGACCUUUAAGAGGAAGGAGUUCCAGGACAGUUUUGUGUUUGACAUAAAGACUUCAGACCGCACCUUUUAUCUCGUGGCUGAGACUGAGGAGGAGAUGAACAAGUGGGUCCGCUCUAUCUGCCAGCUGUGUGGGUUCAACCAGUCGGACGACAACCAUGAUGGCAGGUUACACCAUAUGCCUCGUUCUGUCGGAGCAGAUGUCACCACUCCUUUGGCUCCUCUGUCCGGAGAACGCAAGUCGUCUGCCCCCAUCCACUCCAGCCAGCCAGUUCUCUUCACCUUUGAUGUGCCUGUGCGCCACACACACCACAGCUCCCUGUCCAACAGUGCACCCCAGGACUACCUCCUCCUCCACCAGUGCAUGAGCAGGAAGACGGAGAGUGCACGGAGUGCCAGUUUCUCCCAAGCCACACGAAGCAAUCUGUUUAUGGGUAGUGACUCUGCGGUGCAGAAACUCUCCCAUGGCUUUUCCCACUGUCUAAACGGCAUGGGUGCUCAGCUGCAUGGUUUCUACAGCCUCCCCAAGCCAGGAAAACACCAGUUACCGGUGCAUGAUGACUCUUCCCAGGAGGCCUGUUACGUACUCCCGCGGGGUUACAGUUCUGAGGCACCGGCUCACAGCGGUCUAGGUGAGCCGGAGCUAGAAAAUGAGGAGGUUUACACCUUCAAAACACCCUGCAAUGCCCUCGCCAUGCACAGCAAUGAGCGUCCAACUGACAAUUACGACCUUCCUACGCCACCUGGCUCCUUCUAUCAAAUACCCCGGACGUUUGAUAAGAAUCACAAUGCCUUGACUCCUUCCAGCUCUGAGACCUCCUGUGCUCCUCCUCCAAGGCCCCCUAAACCUAGCCAGGGGUCAGAGGGGCAGUGGGGGAGUCCCCAGUCAGUAGGAAGCCAGAAUGGAGAGGUGACUCCUGCAGUGUCAGUCAUCCCACGCAGGAAUACUCUCCCUGCUGUCGAGAACAUCAGGCUACACAGAGGCUCCUCCUUUGAAACUAACAGCCAUCACCGUCCCAUCCAUUUCAACAGCUCGGGCCAGUCGGUGGAGUCUGUCAAUGAUGGGUUCAGUUCCUAUCUGAGAACCAAAACCCCUCUGACUCGCUCAGACAGCGGCAACUCAGAUGACAACUAUGUGCCCAUGAAUCCUGGCUCCUCGCCACUCAGCGCUGCCCAAGCUGACAGUCCUAAGAAUAUCUACAUCCCUAUGAGCCCUGGGCCACAUCACUUUGAUUUCCCAGGAUUCUCUGCAACAUUACCUGCCCGUAAGGGGAGCAGCGCAUCCCUGUGUCACCGGCCCAGCCGUCUCAGUGAUGUCACACCGCCACCCAUCAACCGCAACCUCAAACCUAACCGAAAAUCGAAGCCAACACCUCUUGAUUUGAAGAACAAUGGGAUCAUUGAUGAGCUGCCAUUUAAGAGCCCAGUCACCAUGUCCUGGACACGGCCCAUGGCUGCUAUGAACUCCAUGUCCUCCCAGCAUUGUCGUCCUAUCUCCACACAAAGCAUCACCAGCACCGACUCUGCAGACAGCGAGGAGAAUUAUGUGGCUAUGCAGAACCCAGCGUCUACCUCCCCAGCCGUGAGUGGCACCAGCAGCCCGGCCCCUAGGAAAUGCGGCAACGUGGACUACCUGGCGCUGGACUUCCAGCCUGGGUCACCCAGCCCUCACAGAAAACCCUCUACAUCCUCUGUGACCUCUGAUGAGAAGGUGGACUAUGUGCAGGUCGACAAGGAGAAGACCCAAGCCCUGCAGAGCACCAUGCAGGAGUGGACCGAUGUGCGGCAGUCUACUGAACCUGCCAAGGGGGUCAAGUCCUGACACUGACCUGUAAAAAAAAAAAAAGAUGAAAAAAGACAACAAAAACAAACAAAUUCCAAUCUUAAGUCAAGCAUCUCCAGUAUCAUGUUUCUAUCAUCACUGUGAAUACUGGUUGGGCUUGUUUAAGACUGAAAUAAUUGGACAAAAAGCCAUAACCUAUCCUAUGCCUGUUCUCUAUGAUUAUUAUUACAGUGCACUGCUAACAUACAGGAUAUCAGGCCUUACAGGUGAAGCGCCCUGCCAAAGCUCUUCAUACAAACGGUUAUAACAUUGUACGGACAAUUGAUAGUGUGUAUGAAAAAUAUCAUUCUAACUCAUCGAUCCAUCCUUUAUACUGUAAAUUGCAAGUGUUUCAUCAAAGCUGUCCCGCCCACCUGCUCUGCAACAGUUUGCAUCUAGCAGGUAAUUAACCCAAUUGCUGCCAUUCAAAAGAGUAGCAGAGGCUAACUGGUCGAUAACCAUAUUAAGAUACUGUACGAGUACGCUUACUGGUCUCAGGAAUGCACUCUAAUUUUGGCAUGCAGGCAGAUUUUCUCUUUUCACUUCAAUCUAUCAUUUGUGCUGAGUCUUGCAGAAGCAGUAAAGAGAUUAUUUUCACUGCAGGCAAUCAUUUCAGCUUAGCAGUGCAUGUCUGGUAAGAGGAAGGAGGAAAAAAUACAGGCUUACAAAUAUGUAAAGGCCCGUGUCAGAAGCCCUAAUGAUAACUAUACAUGACUGUUGCCUCAGUUUCAAUUAAGUAUGAGCCCAAACGAUAUUUAAAAGCUGUCAGGCUGGAUGGCAGGCCAAUUAUUUCAAUGCAGGUACAAAGUCAGUAAACGUCCAGAUGUACAGAAUGAAGAAAACAGACAGAUGAGAAGAAGAAGCAUCUUGUGUUUGUUGGUUCGACCUCAGUGGUCAAUUCACUUCAGGUAAUAUUCUAAUACAUUUCAUUGUAAAUGUGAACUGACCAAGAAAAUUAUUGAGUAGGAGGAAGGAAAAAAUAAAACAGGAUGUGUGCUUUUCAAGAAGUUCAGAUAUGUUCUCUCUAUCUCUCUCUCUCUCCUCUUCUUUAUCUCUCUCUAUCUCGACAGACCAUAAAUACAAGCUAAGUAGAAGGAGAAUAGCAUAUUUAUGUUUUCCAGAAUUCAACCAUUCACUGAUCUGUGUCUUUGGUCUUUGAUAUGCCACGCACUACAGCUACGUCUCUGAAGAAUACUUGUUUCCUGUAUGUAAAUUAUUAAUAGAAUGACAUAUUUGCAGUGCAUCUUGAUGACUGUUAGAAAUUUGAUGCACUUGUCUGACAAAAAAUAAGUGCACUACAGUAAUUUAACGUUGUGCUAUUCUUGCAAAAGCAACCUGCCAUGAAGAUUUGCCAGUGAUCAUAGUCACUUAAAAAUAGUUGAGUAAAGAAUGUUUUCUUAAUUUCCUAAACUUCUGUAUUUGUUUGAAUUGCCUUACAUUUUCAUUUCAGUUUAGAGUGUAAAUUUUGCCUUGGAGAAAUUUAAUUAUUCAUAAUUUUACUCAAGGAAGAGCCAUAAUGUAUUUUGGACAACUGAAUGAUCAGUUUGUAGUUCAACUUAAGUCCAGUAUUUCAUUGUGGGCUGGAACCACUGAAGGGUGAAUCCCUCUUUGAUCUUAAUAUGACUAGUGUGGCCAUGCAGUGCAAGAUGGUAUUAUUGAUGAUUUCAUUAAGAUUUACUUCUUAAUGUUUUUCUACCAUUUUUACUGCUUUUUGUAUUCUUUUUAUCAUUAUUUUUUACUGAUAAGUGUGAGCAAGUGAUGGGGUAAGCCAAAUUAAGCUAGGUUUAUUACCGUGUGCAUUUUAUUCCUUUUUGAAUUCCCAGAUUGAUUUUUUUAUGAUCCAUACAUAAAAUGGGUAGGCUGGCAGUUUGAGUUGCACUGGCAUGCCCUUCCCGGCUGAACUGUGAUUCACAAAAAGAAAACGAGAGAGAAAAAAAAAAAAAAGACUGAAGAAAAGCCCGUCUCCCUGUCACUCUCUGAAGUGAAAUGGAUGUGUAAUUUAUUAUCUAGAGAGACCUGUUGUAAGCAGAAGAGCUGUGUAUGUAUUGUGGUAGAUUGUGAUUUUUAGUAUGUUAAAUGACAGCCAGACUGGGCGAGAUGGAAAACAUUGCUCAGAUCUACUGUCAGACUGUCACUGGGUUGACGUACUGUACUAGUAGAGAUCAUUUUUUUAACCACUGUUAUUGCUACUACUGUAAAGCAUUUGCAGAUUGCUUGUGUGUUAAUUUAUUAAUUUAUUGUGUGUUUUGCAGUUGAUAAUUGUAAAGAGGAAAAAAAAACAACAACCAAACAAGGAAACCUUCUCUCUACUAACAUUGAUGUAUGCAAAUUGUCUUGAUUUUGUGAAG